CUGUGCCUAGUUUUACUUAGCCACGCAAGCGUUCUUAAUUGCUACUAACAUACAGUCCACCAUGGCGAACAUGUACAGGACAAUUUCUGUAGAGAGAGGAACCUCAUCAGCAGGUGGAAACUACAGCAGACUCCCCUCAUCAAGGUAUGCUGGAAGUGUCUACGCCGGUGCUGGAGGCUAUGGUACUAAAAUUUCAAGCAGCUCAACCUAUGGUGGUGGCUAUGGUGGUGGCUAUGGCAGUGGUAGCAGCAGCAGCAGCUUGUUGAUCAAUACCAACAGUGAUAUCUUGCUCAAAGGCAAUGAGAAGCAAACCAUGCAGAACUUGAAUGAUCGCUUGGCCACCUACCUGGACAAAGUACGCUCCUUGGAGAAGUCCAACUCUAAGAUAGAACUACAGAUCAAGGAUUGGUACAGCAAGAAUUCUAGUGUGGGGGAAAGGGAUUAUCAAGGAUACUACAAGACCAUUGAGGAUCUAAAAAAUGAGAUUUUGAACAGAACCAUGGUCAAUGCCGAGAUCCUGCUGAAGAUAGACAACGCUAAGCUGGCAGCAGAGGAUUUCAGACUUAAGUUUGAGAGUGAGCAGUCCCUCAGAAUUGGUGUGGAAAAAGACAUAGUUGGGCUGCGUAAACUGAUCGAUGACAUCAAUCUUGAAAGGAUAGAUCUGGAGCACCAGUAUGAAUCUUUGCAGGAGGAACUGGCUUACCUGAGGAAGAGCCAUGAAGAGGACACCGGGCUGCUCCGGAACCAAAUCACAGGCAACGUCACUGUAGAGGUGGAUGCAGCUCCCUCUGUGGAUCUGGCUAAAGUACUGGCUGAUAUGAGGACACAAUGUGAAGAAGUCGUAACAAAGAUCAAACAAGAUGCCAAGCAACAGUUUGAGACCCGGAUAGAAGAAGUAAAUGUACAGAUUGGUGACAAUGUCACAGAAUUGGAAAAUUACAAGACCUCCGUUAAAGAAAUUAAACGCCAUGUCCAAAGCCUAGAGAUAGAGCUUCAGUCUGAGAUGAGUAAGAAAGAUGCCCUGAGCGCCACGCUAGACAAUAUCAAUGCCCAGUAUGCUGCACAGCUGCUCCAAAUGCAAACCGCAAUUAAAAAUAUUGAGGAACAGCUGAUACAGAUCCGAAGUGACAUGAGUCGCCAGUCGCAAGAGUAUGAAAUUCUUCUGAACGUCAAGCUCCGUCUUGAACUCGAGAUUGAAACCUAUCGGCGACUUCUGGAGGGAGAUGAUGUAAACAAAAUAAUUGAAGAAGAGAAAUUAAGAGAACUGAGCAGAAGUCGGAAGAUUAAGACGAUUGUAGAAGAAGUGGUUGAUGGGAAAGUUAUUUCUUCGCAGGUUAAAGAAAUUGAAGAGCAACUGCCUAGUGUGAAGCAGUAACACUCAACCUGAUAACUACUGUAACUGACCAAACUGAUGCCAUUGCAUUUUUUUUGUCAUAAGUUCCCACUUUAAAGCAACCAAAAUCUGUUAGUGCCAGUGGAAAAAAAAUAAAAUAUCAAGAUGAAAAAA